AGCUACAGCUUCAAUUCCUGCAUGUUAUUCAGGGGUUGAGUAGGAAAAAAACCUUCAAUUCCUAUCAAUCACUAAACCUUGAAAACUUGCUCAUAUUCUAAAGCUGAAGGCAAAGAAGCAUGGCUAUUAUGGAUAGUCACAACUAUUUGGCCUUUAUUUUUGGCAUUCUAGGUAAUGUCAUUUCCUUCCUGGUGUACUUGGCUCCUUUACCAACAUUCUACCGAAUAUGCAAAAAGAAAUCUACUGAAGGUUUCCAAUCAGUUCCUUACCUGGUCGCAUUAUUCAGUUCUAUGCUUUGGCUAUAUUAUGCCUUUCUCAAGAGAAAUGCGACACUGCUCAUUACCAUUAACUCAUUUGGAUGUGUCAUAGAGAUCAUUUACAUUGUCACAUUCAUAAUCUAUGCGACCAAGGAUGCCAGGAACAUAACUGUCAAACUAUUCACCGUGAUGAAUGUGGGCACCUUCACCUUGAUUCUCCUUACGAUCCAAUUUGCUAUACAUGGUUCCCUCCGUGUUAAAGUGCUUGGAUGGAUUUGCGUAUCUGUUGCAGUAAUUGUCUUUGCAGCACCCCUAAGCAUUGUGGCGCAGGUUAUUCGAACUAAGAGCGUAGAGUUUAUGCCCUUUUACUUAUCAUUUUUCCUCACUCUAAGUGCCAUAAUGUGGUUUGUCUAUGGUGUCCUUCUUAAAGACAUUUGCAUUGCUAUCCCAAAUGUGUUGGGCUUUGCUUUGGGAUUACUUCAGAUGUUGCUAUAUGCUAUAUACAAUGAUGGAGCUAAAGAGAAGGUAGUUAUAACUGAGGAGCAUGCACUAGAGCAAAUGCAAAACGUUGUUGUGAUGAGCCCGUUGGGAACUUGUGAAGUAUGCCUGAUCCCAGUUACUAAUGAUGUGAGUGAUAAAGGAAAGGAAGUUGCAGAAGAGAAGGAGAAAAGUGGGGAAGGCAAGGAUCUCCCUGCAUGAGUUACUUCUUGUGCUGAGCACCGUGAAGGAUAUUAGUAUAUGUGGUUAAAAUAACCACUGUUUAUCUAGUGGAUAUCUUAUGAGUGGCAUUAUCAUAUUAUUAUUAUGGGGUUGUCUAAAUGACUCAUGUGGGUUACUAACCCCUAUUAUUAUUAUCCAUGGUUUGUAUCAAUGUAUCGCUUUCCCUUUCAUCUUGUGUGAUUGUGUGCACCCAAUUUUAAUUUUCAUCAAACUUUAUAAAGUA